AUGAAGAUAGUCGGCUUGACCGGCGGCAUCGCCUGCGGCAAGUCGACGGUGAGCGCCUGGCUGCGCAGGCAGGAGAUCGCCGUCGUGGACCUCGACGAGAUCGUGCGGCGCCUGCAAAAGCCCCGGACGCGCGUCGUCUACGAGCUCGGGCGCAGCUUCCCCGGCGUCGUCGACGCCGACGGCUGCCUCGACCGCGGCAAGCUCGGCUCGCUCAUCUUCAACGACGCCGCGCAGCGCAGGAAGCUGAACGUCCUGAUGCGCGGCCACAUCUUGCGCGCGAUGGGCCUCGAGCUCCUCGGCCACUUCCUCGCGGGCACGCGGCUCGUCGUCCUCGACGCGCCGCUGCUCUUCGAGACCGCGGGCCUCUCGAGCAUCUGCGCGAGCUACGUCGUCGUCGGUACUUCCAGCGACCAGCAGCUCGCGCGUCUGGUCGAGCGCGACGGCUGCGACGAGGCCGCCGCGAAGGCGAAGAUCAACGCGCAGAUGCCCCUCGCCGCGAAGCUCCAGCGGGCGCACGUGCCCGUCAUGAACCUGGGCACCGUCGGCGAGCUCGAGGACCAGCUCGAGCGGACCGUC